CUCACACCAACUCACCAAGACGUGCUCGCUCUCGCUCUCGCUCCCUCACGCCGCGCUCGCCAACGGACGGCGAUGGCUGCUGCUGCAACGUGGCUGCGUGGGCUCCUCUCGCUCCUGGCGGUGGCCGCCGCCGCCGCGGCGGUGGAUGGGGCGGAGGGGAAGGGGAAGGAGAAGGGGGACUGGGAGCCGCUGAUACGGAUGCCGACGGAGAAAGGGGGUGACGCUGCUGCUGAUCCUGCGGCGACGGAGGCGGAGGAUGAAGUGGGGACGAGGUGGGCCGUGCUCGUCGCGGGCUCCUCCGGCUACGGGAACUACCGGCACCAGGCCGAUGUGUGUCAUGCGUACCAGAUACUGCAGAAGGGAGGAGUGAAGGAGGAGAACAUUGUGGUGUUCAUGUAUGAUGAUAUCGCCCAUAACAUUCUCAACCCAAGGCCUGGGGUCAUCAUCAACCAUCCUAAAGGCAAAAAUGUUUAUACUGGUGUUCCAAAGGACUACACUGGUGACCAGGUCACUACUGAAAACUUCUUUGCUGUCCUCUUGGGCAAUAAGAGUGCAAUUACUGGAGGGAGUAAGAAGGUGAUAGACAGCAAACCAAAUGACCACAUCUUCAUCUAUUACUCUGAUCAUGGGGGUCCUGGAGUUCUAGGUAUGCCCAACAUGCCAUAUCUUUAUGCCGGUGACUUUAUUAAGGUUUUAGAAAAGAAACAUGCUUCCAAUAGCUACUCGAAAAUGGUUAUAUACGUUGAAGCAUGCGAAAGUGGCAGUAUCUUUGAGGGUUUACUGCCAGAAGAUCUAAAUAUUUAUGUUACAACAGCCUCAAAUGCGGUUGAAAAUAGUUGGGGAACAUACUGCCCUGGGAUGGAACCAUCACCUCCUCCUGAGUACAUUACAUGUUUAGGUGAUUUGUACAGUGUUUCUUGGAUGGAAGAUAGUGAAACCCACAAUCUAAAGAAGGAAGCUAUUAAGGAUCAGUAUGAGGUGGUGAAAGCAAGAACCUCAAACACAAAUAACCGCAAAGAGGGUUCUCAUGUCAUGGAGUAUGGUGACAAGACCUUCAAGGAUGAGAAGCUUUUCCUUUAUCAAGGUUUUGAUCCUGCUAACGCCAACAUUGCAAACACAUUGCUUUGGCCAGGCGCAAAGGCUGCAGUCAAUCAAAGAGAUGCUGACCUUCUCUUCAUGUGGAAGAGGUACGAGCAGUUAAAUGGUGAAUCUGAAGAGAAGCUGAGGGUUCUCAAGGAGAUUAAAGAAACUGUUGAACACAGGAAGCAUCUUGAUAGCAGUAUUGAUUUCAUUGGGAGGGCUGUGUUCGGAUUUGAGUAUGGGCCUUCAAUGCUUGAGGCUGUUAGAACCUCUGGUCAGCCAUUAGUCGAUGAUUGGCAUUGUUUGAAGAGGACGGUGCAAAUCUUUGAAUCCCAGUGUGGUUCACUUACUCAAUAUGGCAUGAAGCACAUGAGGGCGUUUGCAAACAUAUGCAACAAUGGUAUCUCUGAGGACAAAAUGAUUGAAGCAAGCAUCAGCGCUUGCAGCAGUUACUACUCGGCGAGGUGGAGCCCAAUGGUCCAAGGACACAGUGCUUGAUCUGCUACAGUCUAUAAGAGCAAUAGCAAAGGUCUCCGAGGUUUCCCGACCUCCUUCGUCCGAACUUGUGUAAUCUAGGGACUCUAAACUGCUCGGAAUGUGCCCCUGCAUGUUUGGUUAAGCAGUUGUAUAUUUUGUGUACCGCGUGUUUGUACCUAUGCAAAGUUAUAGUAACGAGAUUGAUGAAUACAGAGGAUGAAUAGAUGUCUUAAUAAA